AUGAACGUUCGAACGAUCAGGGAGGUUUCGAGAGCCAAGGAGCUAGCAGAGGCGAUGAGGAAGCAGAGAGUCGCCGUGUGUGGAGUGCAGGAGCAAAGGAGGGUGCAUAAAGAAGACAAGAAGGGGGGUUUGGACAUUACAAUGGUAGAUGAGUACCAACUCAUCACGGCAUCAGCAUGGAGGAAUGAGGCUCAGGUCAUCCUUGCUUCUUUCAGCAAUCCAACCCUGACCAUCGUGGUUGCCUACGCGCCAACACUCGAUGCGAAGAGCGAGGAGAAGGAUUACUUCUACAACGACCUCAGGCACGCAGUAGAGGCCGUCCCAGUCCACAACUUCCUGUGCAUUCUUGGCGAUUUCAACGCUAGAAUCGGACAGGAGGAUGCUACAUUCACCUAUUAUCUGGAAAAAAAAUAA